AUGGCCAUUGUCGUUGGCUUCAUUGGAACGAGGUACCGUGGCCUUAUGAUCAAUCCAGAAGUUGAAGACACCACAGCAAAGAAAUCUGUGGAGGAGAUGAUACGGACGGCAUUGGUCAAGGCGAAGAUAGUGAGUGAGUUGAAUUCCCAGCGGUUGGAGCAGAAGGCAGGGCUUGCCUGUUUCUAUAUAUAUACAGUAUUAUUUGUUUUCCGUGCAUUUCCAUGCUGUGCUCAGCUUUAG